GGUUGGCAAUCCGCGCGCGCAAGGAAAGCUUCACUGUGUUUUCCAAGACCCCUCACACGCUCCUAUUCCUCAAACCCGUUAUUAUCGCCGUGCCAACGCGCCGCUUUCCUAUCACGGCGCGCUCUUAACCCUGUUCUCACGAGGGAUUGCGGAGACGCUGCUGACUGAACAAUGAACUAAUCCCGUCGGUCGCGGCCGGAUCGCUCGCUGCACGCUUAGCAAGACACUACUUGACCCCAACGCCGCACUCUCGCCCAAACUGCUUCCUUUCCUGGGGCACUCUCGUCGCAACCGCUGCAAUUAUGGACCAAGGCCCACACGAGCAGGGACGACCGUUGGCGUCGUCGUCAACUUCGACAACCACUACCUCUGGUCCCUAUACUACCACCACCACGACAUCCACCACACCCGGACAGGGAACGAACGUGCAACAUUUUGGGCCCCAGUCGACCACCAUCACACACCCUGCCGUCACCACAACGACCCACAUGCCGUCCGCUCAACCCCCUCAACUACACGCGCCUGCCUCGAAUCCCGCCCAGCGCUUGCGCAGUUCGUCGAUUCGCAUAAGAAGACCUUCACAUCAGCCAAGCGUGAAUACUCCCCAAGCCACACCUGACCCUGCGCCAGUAUCGGAAUCCGACAGCACAUGGCAAGCCGGCCGAAGAAGAAGCAGUUCUGAACCGCGUCCACCUCCACAGGCCAUGGUCGCCGACGACAGCCUAAGACGUCAGUUGACGGGCCCCCAUCUACAGCCUCUAUAUGAGGAUGGCACGCAGCCAGCAAACCCUGCUAUCGGCAACGGUCCGCCAACUGCCAGCAAUGCACGAAGAGGGAUGACUCGUCAAUCUUCCGCUUUCCACAUGCGGCGGCAUCAGAAGGACCCAAACCAGAACAUGAUGGGCAACAAUGUUGUCGAUGUGCUUGAUGUCAUUGAUCCCGAGAUAUCCGCCCUCACUACACUGAAUAAUGUUCAGAAUUCGCUGUUCUUGCCCAAUUUACCCUGGCUCUAUAACCGCCAGCCCACAUACGAUCUUGGGCAGACUACAUCAGACUCCUCGGACGAAGAGAUGGGUACAGCUAGAGGGGCCAGACGCGAGGAAGAUCAACUCCCUGAGAUGACUCAACAAGGCGAAGUAGAACAAGCCGCGCGCGGAGGCCGCGGAGAGUUGCGGCGAAACAACACUAUCGACUCAAAUCUUUCGACUCUGGAAGAGGGUGCGGGUCAUCACUACGCUGUACUUCCACAUGGUGCUUCAUUGACAGGAUGGACCGACGAGGAAAAGGAGGCUCUGGACGAUCAUGUUCGACAUCUUCUCCAUUCUCGACGCGCAAGGUUCAAGCGGAGCAUGAAGGGCUUCGGACGUUACGUUCGCAACCCUCUCGGCUUCCUCGUCACGUUGUACUUCUUCCUCAUCACCUUCUGGGGAGCAGCGUGGGUGCUCUUCCUUAUCGGCUGGAUCUACGUGGGCGAUCGUCAGGCAUACUUUGUCGAGAUUGCUGAUCAGGUCCUUACUGCCCUGUUCUGUGUUGUUGGAAUCACCAUGUUUCCCUUCCGCAUUGUCGACACAUACCAUAUGGCUUUUGUCGCCUACUACGCGCACAAGACCUGGCGGCUACGCAAAGAACGAGGACUACAAGAACUGAAAGAUCACAAUGAACUACCUACCAUGCCGCGGUCGAACGCUUGGGAAACAGGCGAAGCAGAACAAGAAGGCGUAGAGGCUCCCGUUCUCACCGCUGAAGAGCAGAAGAAACUCGAGCACCACCAAGGCAAGCUGGAGAAGUCACAUACCUUCUACCGGCCCCACGAGACAUACACCCACCACGCCUUCUCCAUCCGCCUUCUCAUCACCAUCAUUGUCCUUCUCGACUUCCACUCCAUGUUCCAAUGCGCACUGGGUGGUACUACGUGGGGUAUCUACUACAAAGACCGCCCCAAGGAAGUUACCGCCAUCAUCCUAAGUUGCAGUCUAACAUGCAACAUCACCGCGGGCAUCAUCAUCGGCCGUGGCGAUAAGCGCAGUCGCAAGAAGCUCGUGGUCGAACAAAUUCUCCGUCAAGAAAUGACCGAAGAAGCGCUCAAGAAACUACGAAAAGAGCGCGGCAUCAAGGCCAAGGGCCUCAUGACAAAGAAGCAGAAGAAACAGGUGCAAAAGGAAACGAUUGGUGAACCCAAGAAUCCAUUGGAUACAAUUCUACAUCGUGGAUAGCGUAAUGUUUUUGGUUCUUUCUUUCUGGUCCUACAAUGAUGAUGGUUAGAUUGUAUAUUUUAAUUAUACCCUUCCGGCGUCCUGCGAUCGCCAUUUGUUCUUCGCAUUUACUUCGGCCUCGACUAAUUCACGUCAUGAUGUGACCUGUCCUAUCGAUCUUCCAUGCUGUCCUUAUCGUGUCCAUCCUAAACUACUCUAACUAGUAACGGCAACAUGCGUCCCAGAGAGGCUAUAUGAAUCACAUCACCAUCACAAGUCAAACCAACAUGACUCUCUCGGACCUAGAUAAUU